AGUCUGCAGUUGCUCCUCUAACUAGUUGCAGUGGUAAGCCAUCAUACAGAAACCGAGAUCAUUUUAUGCUUAAAGCUGAUCGACCACCUCAUAUCACCAAUCUCUGUCUUGUGAGAGAUGCAGCUUCUAGAUUGCCUGGAAGUAUUGGUACCAGGGAAGAUGUUUCUACUCUCGUUCGGCACUCACAGUAUAUAGUGGAAGAUGUCUCUGAUGAACAAUUUACCCGAGUAAUUAGCUCUACUCUGUCUCGGCUGCAAUUUGAAUUUGAUCCAUGUGUAGAAUUUGACAGACACAGAAAGUUGUGGGUUUAUUUACAUGGAGAAAGAGGCGAAGAAGACUUUGAGGAAGAUGGUACCUUAUCUACUUUAAGAAGGAGACGGCAUCGAGACAUGUCAUUGAGCAAUCUAUCUGUUCAUGAGACAGCCCUCCAAAAUAGACAGGAAGAAACUUGCAUGUUAUCUGCAGUAGGAAACAAUCUGGAUGUCAAUUGUGAUACCUUUUUGUCGGGUGAUAGAAAGUAACUACUUUCAUGGGAGCUCAUAACUUCAGUGGUAGAGCUAUGACUGAACUUAUGAGCUCCCAUGAAAGUAGCUGAUUUGAGAUUUCAAUGAUCUAUGUUAUGCAGUAAUUCAAAAUGGACAUUUCAUUUUGAUACGAGGGUGGCAUUUUAAUAUAAGGUUCUUGCUUGCUUAGAACCUGAAGCAAUAGGGGAAAUCUUUUGUCCUUCAAAAUAUUUUUGCUAAGGUUGGAAACAGUAGAUUAAGCUGAAAGAUGUUUAUGGUGCUCUUUUUGGUUGGGUUAAUAUGUGGGAAUAUGAACCACACUUGUUUCUAUUUCUUUUUUCCUAAACAGAACUUGUAACACAUGUUAUGUUAUAAUGACAUCGUACUUACGUGUCACUCAAAAAUUUGUAACAAAUGUUAUGUUUUAAUAGCACCGCACAUGUCACAUUUUUAUGGCUAGAGGAGAAAAUUCUGAAUGAGAACUUCCCUGCAAAUUGGUAUGGUGAAAAUAAAGGGAUAUUCGAAAGUACUAUUUUAGUAGUGUUAUGCUGCUGGCAUGAUAUACAGCUUUUAAGCUCAGAUCAGCAGUCAACAUAUCAGAUUAACAAAAGGAAAGGAAAAAGCUCAACAAUCAAUAGUGGCAGCUAAGCUUCAUGGGCUUUGUUCACACGAAUGAAUGGAAUUCUCCCUCAAGCCUCUUUCAGUUUCAGGAAGAAACUUUCUCAAUAUAUCUUACAGACGCGUUCAUCACACUUUAAGCCCUUCUUCUCUUCUCCCAACCUCACACGUUCAUCGCAGGAAACCAAGAAGCUACACAACGCUCUUAGAGUUCUCGACCUCAUCACCCCAAAGCCAACCCUCACUGCGCGUCGCCGCCAAGGCCAUCUUCGGCUCAUUCAGGACUUUCUACAGUCAGAUUCCGAACACUUCAGCUAUGCCUCUGCUUUCUCUGAUUCAAAUUGGCCAAUAAAAAUCUCAACUUUGUUGGAUGAACUGUUUGAUUCUAGCUCUGUUGAUUCUCCAUCAUGCGCAGAAAGGUUUCCGAUUGAUGCAAGCGUUUUGUCACAUGCCAUAAGCUCAUAUGGGUCUUCUCGUAAUCUCCAUGGUGGGAUUCCGUAUCACUGUACAGCAAUAAAAAGUGGGCUUGUGGCCAAUGUUUAUAUUGGAAGCUCUUUGGUGAGCUUUUAUGGUAGAUGCAACGAGUUACACAAUGCCUACCGGGUUUUCGAGGAAAUGCCUGUGAGAAAUGUUGUGUCAUGGACAGCCAUUAUUUCAGGGUUUGCACAAGAGUGGCAGGUUGAUGCGUGCUUGCAACUUUUCAGUGAGAUGAGACAUUCUUCAAAACCCAAUGAUUUUACGUAUGCAAGUAUUCUGAGUGCUUGCACAGGCAGUGGAGCUCUUGGGCAUGGAAGAAGUGCUCAUUGCCAAACCAUUCGGAUGGGCUUCGAUUUGUACAUUCACAUUGCUAAUGCUCUUAUCUCAAUGUACUGCAAAUGUGGGGAUGUUAAAGAUGCGCUUUACAUAUUCAAAAAUUUGGAUGGCAAAGAUAAUGUAUCUUGGAACUCCAUGAUUGCAGGGUAUGCACAGCAUGGCCUUGCGUCACAGGCUAUUGAUCUUUUUGAAGAAAUGAAGCAGCAAUGUGUAGAACCCGAUGCCAUUACUUUACUAGGCGUGCUCUCUUCGUGUCGUCAUGCUGGUCUCGUUCAAGAAGGCCGGCGUUACUUCAAUUCAAUGAUCAAAGAACAUGGUAUUCAGCCAGAACUAGAUCAUUAUUCAUGUGUUGUUGAUCUUCUUGGCCGGGCUGGUUGUUUGGAAGAGGCAAAAUGUUUCAUCGAAAAGAUGCCUAUUCGUCCCAAUGCCAUUAUCUGGGGCUCACUGCUUUCUUCCUGUAGGGUUCAUGGGAGUGUGUGGAUCGGCAUUGAGGCUGCAGAGAGCAGGCUAUUGCUGGAGCCAGAGUGCGCUUCUACCCAUGUACAAUUAGCAAACCUGUAUGCUAGCGUGGGAUGUUGGGAUGACGCAGCAAGAGUUCGGAAGUUGAUGAAAGAUAAAGGGAUUAAAACAAGUUCUGGGUUUAGCUGGAUUGAGAUUAGUAAUGAAGUUCACAGGUUUAGAGCAGAAGACUGUUCAAACCCCAAAAUGAUUGAAAUUAUUGCUGUCUUGGAUAGUUUGGUAGAACACAAUAAGACUUUACGCUAUGAGCCUGAAAUGCAAGAGGAAGAGGUUGAUGAUGCUUUAUAUAUAUAACUUAUAACUGUGUGACUUGUAAAAUGGCAGAUUGUUAUAUUUUUUU